AUGUAUCAAUACAUUGAUGAAGUUGAAUACGAUGAAAAAGACAUCACUGUUGAAAUUGAUAAUGUUGGAGUUUUAGUGAAAUUAAAUAAGAGUUUAAGUUUGAAUUCAGUGCGACAAAUACUUGAGUACUAUGAUGCGAUAAAGAUUACUGAUUCCAUUUACUUUACAAAAAAUGGUUUGGUAAGAAAAUUUAAACUAGAAUAUGGUCGUAAUUACGAUGAGAAUAAAAACCAAGUGGCAGAUAAAAAAGCUUUCGUUAUUAAAGAUUGUGAAUUCAAUGUGCUUGAACCUUAUAAGGUUUUUCAAUUGAACCAAAAAAACAUUCAAAAACAUAAUUCUGAAGAAACAUCAUCCGAAUUUAAACUCUUAAAUAUUGUCAAGGCAGAAUUAUUUAUUAAAAAGGAGCGUGUUGUCCUCACUGACGAGUUUAUUAAUGAAAUAAAAGACGUACUUACUUCAUCAGAACCAAAUCUAGCAUUAAACAAAGUUAUUAAAAAAUUUGGACAAUUUGUUCCCACAGUCAUUUUAUUUGGUGGAGGACACCAUUACAAAGAUACAGAAUAUACGAUAAAAAAUUCAAAAAGCAACAAAAAAACCUUUUUAGGAGGACUAGGUGUUUAUGGGCAAAAUUUAAAGGCUCAAUAUAAAACUGAUAUAACUAGUGGAAACGAAAAUAACAUACAACAUCAAGACUCAAUUAUUUUUGGUGGUGAUAUAAUAAAAUUAUUCCAGGGUAAAGAAGACGAGCGGAUGUCUUCAUUACAAGACUUUAAACAUGAUAGAAAUGAUAGUGAUAGAAAUAUUGUCAACUUGAUGAUGCCACAAAAUAUAGAAUCUAUCUUUUCUGAUGAAAAUAUCAAUAAAGCUGUUGAUUCGCAAGUUUUUGCUACGAUAUCUAACGUGGAAGAUGACAAAAUUUUCACUUGCAUGUUGUAUAUCCAACCAGCCCCACGUAUUCCAAAAGUUAUCAUUAAUCGCAUUCAAUAUGAUUACGAACAAAAAAAAGAAUAUCUUGUUAAAAUUAGUUGGUUUGUUGUCGGAUAUGAUAUAAGUUUUUUUAAUUCUAUUUUAAAUCCAGCACUUAUUCGCUUUGAAAGCACUACAAAUGAUUAUUAUGAUGAAUAUUAUAACUCAUGUCAAUCUCAGAGUGGGAUCCUAGCUUCAAAUAUUUGA